AUGGAGGAGCAGGGAGCAGCCGCUGUCCUGGCUGGGUCCUUGCUCUCCUGCCUUCUCCAGGCCCCCGAGGUGGGAGCCCUGCAGGAGCCGCUGCUGGAGGAUGUGACCCUGGAGAACAUCAGCUGGGCAGCUGAGGAGGCCCCGGGAAAUGAGUCCUCAGAGCACACGUUCUUCUCCCUGGAUUAUCAGCACGUCCAGGUGCCCUUCGAGAUCACCCUCUGGAUCAUGUUGGCAUCCCUGGCCAAGAUAGGGUUCCAUCUCUACAACAAGCUGCCUUCCGUGGUUCCCGAGAGCUGCUUGUUGAUCUUCGUCGGGCUCAUCAUGGGGGGGAUCAUCUACGGCCUGAACGACAGGUCCCCCCCGGUGAUGGACAGCGACAUCUUCUUCCUCUACCUGCUGCCCCCCAUCGUGCUGGACGCCGGGUACUUCAUGCCCAGCCGCCCCUUCUUCGAGAACAUCGGCACCAUCCUGCUCUACGCCGUGGUGGGCACGAUAUGGAACGUGUUUGGGAUCGGCUUCUCCCUCUAUGGCAUCUGCCAGGUGAGGGCCUUCCGGCUGCAGGAUGUGUCGCUGCUCCACAACCUGCUCUUCGGGAGCCUCAUCGCCGCCGUGGACCCCGUGGCCGUGCUGGCCGUGUUCGAGGAGAUCCACGUCAACGAGAAGCUGCACAUCCUGGUCUUUGGGGAGUCCCUCCUCAACGACGCUGUGACAGUGGUGCUCUACAAGCUCUUCCGGUCUUUCUGUGAGAUGCCAACCAUCAAAAGCGUGGAUGUUUUUGCAGGAGUUGGGAAAUUCUUUGUGGUUGGGCUGGGAGGGGUGUUGGUGGGGCUGAGUUUUGGGUUCACGGCCGCCUUCACCACGCGCUUCACCAAGGACAUCCGCGUCAUCGAGCCGCUCUUCGUCUUCCUCUACAGCUACCUGUCCUACCUCACCGCCGAGAUGUUCCAUCUCUCAGGAAUUGUGGCCAUUAUUGCCUGUGCCAUGGGCAUGAAGCGUUAUGUGGAGGCCAACAUCUCCCUGAAGUCCCACACCACAGUGAAAUACUUCAUGAAGAUGUGGAGCAGCGUCAGCGACACCCUCAUCUUCAUCUUCCUUGGAGUUUCCACCAUUGGAGAAAACCAUGAGUGGAACUGGCCCUACAUCUGCUUCACUGUCAUUUUCUGCCUCGUUUGGAGAGCUCUAGGGGUUCUGGUGCUGACUUUCUUUGUGAACAGAUUCCACGUGAACACCAUCACCAGCAAGGAUCAGUUCAUCAUCGCCUACGGGGGGCUCCGGGGGGCCAUUUGCUUCUCUUUGGUUUUCUUGCUCCCUGAGUUUCACAGAAAGAAGCUCUUCAUUGCAGCGACCACCGUCGUCAUCCUCUUCACUGUGUUUGUGCAGGGAAUGACCAUCCGUCCUCUCGUUGACCUGUUGGCUGUCAAGAGGAAAAGGGAGAGUGCUCCCACAGUGGGAGAGCAGAUCCACAUCCGGUUCUUGGAUCAUCUGCUGGCUGGCAUUGAAGAUAUAUCUGGACACUGGGGACAGUAUUACUGGAAAGACAAAUUAGAAUAUUUCAACAGCAAAUACCUGCAGAAGAUCCUGCUCAGGGAGUAUGACCAGCCCAAGUCCAGCAUCGUGCUGCUCUACGAGAAGCUGGAGAGGAAACACGCCAUCGAGCUGGCAGAGGCUGGGCAGCUGGGCCACGGGCCUGCCCACCCCUCCCUGCUCAGCAACGACAGGACUGUCAGAACAGACCAAAAACUGGAGGAUACUCAGAAUCCUGAUGUCCUGGAUAAUAUGCAGGAAAUUUUGGCGAGGAACCUGUACCGGAUCAGGAGAACGGGCCCGGCGUACAACAGGCACACCCUGCCCGGCGAGUCCGAGCCCUCGGAACAUGCCAAGGAGAUCCUGAUCCUCCGGCACAAGAGCCUCCUCGUGGAAGUGAGCGGGAGCGACGCGGGCAGCUCCAGGAAGGAGAAGGACGAUUCCUGCUCGGCACAAGGUGAUCCCACCCCCCAGCUCAAGCUCUGCCGCUCCUUCACUGUGGGGAACACGGAAAAGGUCCGGGAAGUGAAGGAGAACCGGUCGAAGUCCGUGUGUGUCAUCCCCCCAGCACAGCCCGGCGGGACCUGGGGAGAGGGGAAAGACCUGAGGAAGGGGCUGAGUGUGGAGAUCUACAGGCACCAGUGAUGCUCUGCCUUCCCACCAGGGUCUGGCUCCUCCUUGGACGGCUGCUCUACGUGUAGAUAAUGUAAAUAAAGUGAAUAUUGGAAGGCACAGCAUGGACAGGGCGGAAUAUCCGGAGUGGCUUGCACGGAAACUUGGUCUUGUUGCCCAACACUGGAUUUUUUUCCCAGGGAAAAGAUGCCAAACUGAGCAUUAGCAAUGCAAGGGAGUGGCUGAGAGAGAAUUUCUAAGGAAUUUCUAGGAAAAAUGAGCCUGUUCAGACUGGGAAAACUGCUGAAACUGCCUAAAACUGCAAGGAAGGUGUUUUAAUGAGGUGGGAUAUCAGAUCUUCUCAUUAGGUGGCAGGGACAGACUAAACAGCAAAGAGAAUUUAGGUCAUAGGUUGGGAAAAACUUGAUAAUCUCAAAGAAGGUUUUAUUAGGGGGUGGAGGAAAGAGAGCAGAAACAGCAAAAGAUCUCUUCUGCUCCUCGGGAACUGAUGGAUCCUGGCUAGGAACAUUCAUCAUGGGAAGCCCAAAGGUAAAUGACAAUUAAAUAAGGUGUUGUGUCUUAUCAGAGGGGCUAUCCCACACCUAGACACAGUUCUUCUGAUGAAAACUUGCCACAGCUGCAUUAAAAGGCAAUGAGAAGAAGAAAUGUAUUCUUGCUGAUCUUUAAAAAUUGAUGUAAGAGUGGUUCACCUCAAAAAGUAAAGUGAAGAAGCUCCAAAUCCAGUGGUGAUACCAGGAGAUGAGUGUGCCAGCCCUUAAAUGGAUGGGAAAGUCUUCUGACAUGGUUGGUUGGUUGGUGGCAGCAAGGCUGUAAAGGUGCUCUAAGAUGAUCUUUGCUGCCCCAGCUGGGAGCUGGGGGGUCAGAGGGGGUUUGAAAGUGUUUUCUUAAAACAGAGAGGGACCCAAACCCUCCCUGCUCUGGAGCACUUCUGCCAGGGGAGGUGUGACCCCUCUGCACAGCACACACAGGGAGUUCCCGAGGAAGACAGAAAUCCCCACAUUUGGGUAAUUUUCUUUGAAAUUCCAGGUAAGUUCAAGCCUUUGAAUUCUUGCCCUCAGCUGAACCCAACAGGGCAAGUUUUAGCUUUGAAUCAAGUUUUCUUUCUCUUCUCCUUCCUCUGCAUUGAAAGAUCCAAGAGUAUUUAAUAUGAAGCAAAUUUUAAUUUGAAACGAAAUUGAAAGGAACUGUAGGAAUUCACAUACUUCAUGAUAUUUUUGGGCUUCCUCCUGUGUACAGAAAUGCUCCAUGAGGAGACCACUGCCUGGUCCACCUGGGCUUUCAUUUUAAAUUAGAGACAUAAAACACGUUUGCUUUGCAAUGAGCAGGGGUCUCAUUGUCACCUGAACAAGCUCUUUUACAGUGUCCUGCCAUAAACUGAGGGAGUUCCUGGUGACUUGAAGGCCACUCCUCACUGCCCCAUCCCUGGAAAUUCACCUUAUUGCAAAGGAAAAUUGGCCCUUUUAGGCUUAUAUUGCAUUUUAUGUGUGUAUAUACAUAGAUGUACAUAUUUAUUGAUUUUAGUAUAACUUCAUUGCCAUCUUCAGUUACUUUAUUAAAAUUUGGGUUUGUUUCCCAGUUUAAUCCACCUUGAAUGGGAACCAUGUGGAUUUGGCUGUGCUUUGUCUAGAAAACUGUCCAUCUUCAAUAUGUUGUAAUAUACAAUACAUAUGACAUAAUAUAUAACAUAUAUG